AUGGUGCAGACCAUCAAAGACAUCAACAUGCAAAUUAUAGAAGAUCCCUCUCUGACAAAGAAUAUAGGCAGCCAACCAGCCCAAAGCGGAGAGGUGUUUGUCAAUUCUGUCAUUGCUGCUGGGGAUCUGGAGUUGCCCUCCGGGGAUGGAGAGGAGGAAGAAGAAGAAGAAGAGGAGGGAGAUCAGGCAGAACAGACUCCUGUUGAGGCCACUUCUCCUGUCAAAAGAAAAAGAAAAGAAACUGCCCAGUCUGUGGCUCCAGUUGGAGGUCCCUCUCCUCCUCUUACUAAGUCAAAAAGACUUAGAAAGAAGAUUGCAGAAGAAUACGUGGCCCCGGAGGGAACUGGGGCAGUUCCCACCACCACCUCUGGCACGGAUGAUGAUCUGAGAGAGGCUUUCGAAGCUGUGGAGCAAGAAAGGGAGCUGGAAGAGCUGGAAAAGGUAGGAGAGGAGCCCCAGGAGAAGGCCAAGUCAGUGGAGGAGGAGGAGGAAAUUCCUGCUGAGGUGAUAGCGGAGAGCAUUGCCUUGGCUCGGAAGCAGCAGGAAGAUAUAGGGGCAGGGCUGACCAACUCAGAGGUGGCCCUUUUUGAUGAUCCAGAGGCAGAACAUUCUACUGCCGCUCCAGCAGCUGAGGACCAAGUGGAACAAUCCGGAUCGGAGCCUGGGGAUCAGGCAGAACAAGUGGUUCCUGCUCCUGAAAUCGUAGCAGGAGUGGCUGCUGCCGUUCCUGGGUUUAUGGUGGAAGCACAAAGAACUGCUGGGACCUUGGCGGUGAGGACCACCCCCUUGCAGCCUCCGAUUGUUGCAAUGCCUAUUCAUUCUCUUGCAGGUUCAUCUGCCACGGCUUCUUUUGCUGACCCGGAGCUGGCAGAAUUUGAGGCCAUGGACCUAGAUGCCCAGCUGGAUAAGUUGGAAAAGCUCAGCUCUCCUGUUGGUAAAACAAAGUCCAGGGCAGUGGAAGAGGCAAUGGAGAGGCUGAAGAUCUGGCAGUCUGCUGAAUUGGAGCUGGAUGAGGACAGAGAGGCCUUUGAUCAGCUGAUGAAGGAUCUGGAUCUGCUGCAUAGACAGAACAUGGCCCCAAGACCCAUACUUGAGAUGAGUCUUGUCUUGGCAAGGGAUGUGCUUAACCUUCACGACCGUUAUGAAGACCUGAAGCCUACCUUCGAAACCUCUGAGUUCUGCAAGGCCACUCAUGAAGCCAACUUGGCUGAUUUUGCAAAACAGAAGGCAGAACUGGACCAGAUGGUUGCGGGGUAUAAAGAAGCCAAAGCCGCUGGGGAUAAAUUGGAAAAAGAGAUUGCAGAACUUCAAAAGCAGCUGGCAGAGCGUCGGGAAGUGCAGCACAGGCUCGGGGCUGGAUUGAGUUCUAAGACCAAGGCCACUUUCCUUGUGCAGAACAUGGUUGCAGCUUCUAGACCCGCCCUGGAGAUUGCAGAAGCUUCAAUUCAUCAGGGUGUGCUGCUCCAAAAGGAACUUUCUACCAAGAAGACUAACCUGCAGGAGACCCUUAGAAAACUAGGAUUUUGA